AUGGCUCUUCCCAAGCGCAUCGUCAAAGAGACGGAACGUCUCAUGGCAGAGCCGUACGCUACCCUCCUCUCGGCCAAGCCUACGGAAUCCUUGACUGUCCCUGGAAUUAGCGCCGUCCCCCACGAGGAUAAUCUGCGCUAUUUCGAUGUCGAGAUCCACGGCCCAACCCAGUCACCAUACGAAGGUGCGCAAAUUCCGCCGUCUCCUCAUUCGCAUGCGCAAAUCCGUGCUAAAACAAACAUAUGUGCAGGCGGCAUCUUCAAGCUCGAGCUCUUCCUCCCUGACGACUACCCCAUGACUCCCCCCAAGAUCCGCUUCCUCACCAAGAUCUUCCACCCCAAUGUUGACAAGCUGGGCCGUAUCUGCCUGGAUGUCCUGAAGAAUAAUUGGUCUCCUGCUUUACAAAUCCGAACGAUCCUCCUCUCCAUCCAGGCCUUGCUCGGCGCACCGAACCCCGACGACCCUCUCGCCGCAGACGUAGCUAAGAGCUGGAAAGAAGACGAACAGGCAGCAAUUGCGACGGCCAGGGAGUGGACCAAGAAGUAUGCACAGCCAUAG